AUGUUCUCCAUGGAUAUCGCCAACAGCGGGAACCAACAGAUGGUGUACCGCAACAACCAACCCCCGCAACAGCGUCAGCAGAACCUUCAGCAUCAGCAGCAGCAACUACCGCAGCACCAAAUGUUCUCGCCCCAGUAUGGAUAUCAGCAGCAGCAACCUUACCUGGCGUAUCCGAGCAUUGCAAGCCCAAACCCUGGAAAGGGGGCGAUGAACUUUAUACCGUCACAGCAGUACAUGCCUCAGCAGCAGAUGUUCCCGUACGGCUACCCUCAGCAGCACCAGGCGCCGCUGAACCAGCAGUUCUUUCCUUCGAUGAUGACUCCACCGACUCAGCCGCCACCGCCGCUCGUGCGGUACAACCAGCAGGGCAACAAUAACAGCACCAACCAGUGCGUGGGCAGCCAUGCUGGUGGACAUUCACGUUACCAUGGCGGACGUGGACGCGGAGGCAUUCAUGGCGGAUACGGUGGCCAGCUCCAUCGGCAGGUGCACAACAGCUACUUUUACAAUCAGCAGCACCACUACAGUAGCAACAAUGCGGUGCCUGAAAAGACUCCGACCGUGCACAUAAUCCACCCCGAAACGAAGAAGGUCCUCAGUGUCAAGCUGAACCGCAUCUACAGCACCAUGGCUGACAUUCGCCCUCACCUUCAGCACCAGCAGUCGCACAGCAACAGCGCUUCUGUUAGCAACAACACUAGCGUCAUGAACGAGAGCAAGUUGGAGAAGGUCCAUAAGAAUGAGAGGCCGAAGGAGAAGGCCGACUCUUCGGCGGUGCACAAGUUUGACCCCAAAACAACAAAGCUUGUCUUGUGCCUCAGCUUCCUCAGUCCGAAGGGGUGCAUGCACGGUAGCGGGUGCGAUAAGGUUCACAUUGCCGGCCUCGAGUACACAUGGCCACAAGUGGAGGCGAAGGAGGUGAAUAAGGACGGUAAGAAAGCGUACGCCGCAGGCUUUUUCGUGCACUGCUACGAUCCGACGCUGACUCGCUACUACAAGGUGCCGUCGGGGUCUGUCUACGUGACGAAGGGCAGCGCUGACUACGUGAGCAUGUUCAAUGACCAUGGAGACAAUUUCAAGAUGAAGUUCAAGUUGUGUGCGCCGACGCUGGAGCGCGCCGAAUGUGAUAAAGCGGAGGAGUGCGAAGACAUUCACUGUUCCAUUGCCGACCUGGAGGUGGCGCGGGAGAACAGCGCAAACGCCACACACAUUAACAACCCCGAGGCCAUGGCCGAUGUGCCGCGCCUGCCCUCUGACAUGACGGUGCGCGUCUUUAAUCAGAACAGCUUCGAUACGUGGCGUGACUACCCAGGUAGCAACCUACUCAUUACGGAGGGAGCCAAGGCAUAUCAGAAACAAUACGAGCAGGAGAUGAACAGCGUGCCGACACGCAAGCGUAUGCAGCACUGCGCGCACUUUCGGCUUAAGGACAUGUGUCGCCUCGGCGAGUCCUGUAGGUUUCUUCACGUACUGCCGACGGAGCAGGAGAUCAAGGAGCGCAAGGAGACUGAGGCAGCCGAGGCUGCUGUGCAGGCGGCCGCAAAGGGGAAGGAGGAAGUGGAGGACGAGGCGAACACUGAGUUGUAG